GACAGUCCUCCUCCUCAUUUUAAAAACGCUCCGCACGCGAGUCUCACUCCAGUCGCGCGCUCUCACCAUCAGCUUUCAUUCAUACAGUGUUCUGGUUGUGCUCUCUCUCGUGUGCAUUCACUGUCAUUUUCAUGAAUAUUUCUCAGAGUAGUGCGGGUCUCGGCACCGUGCUGCCUCUUACUAGUUUCGAGAACACACUUCUGUUUCUCUUCAGUAUAAUUCUCGCCACAGCCAUCAUUUUUAUCAACGUGUCUGUGUUCGUGUCCAUCGUGAUGAACAGAUCCCUGCGCAGCGAGAACCGCUUCAUGUACAUGCUCAGCACGUGUCUGAGUGACUUCUGCUCGGGCGUCUCCUAUUAUUAUGCUGGAGUUAUGGAUGUACGCGAUUAUUAUGACUCCCCGACUCGCACUUUCUACAUUGUUCCCAUUUUCUUGGGUCUGUCCUAUAUGGCGAUUCUGGCCGCGCAAGCGGAUCGCUACCACGCGGUCUCAGCGCCUUUCAAAUACUCGCAGCGCAUGACGCGCAACAGAACCCUGCUGGUGAUUCUGGCCUACUGGCUUUAUGCUUUCCUCAUAGUGGCUGUUAAUAAUUUGGUGCCUAUAGAGGUUGCUAAAAGAGUGAGUGGAUUUGGUACUCUUGUGGUGAACAUUUUCACCGUCAUUAUCAUGAUUGUGUUGAACGUCAGGCUGUUCUUCAUCGCCAAAUUUCAGCUGGAGCGCGAACCCCCGAGCGAGGAACGCGACAACAAGCGCGCGUCCGUUUAUCUCAUCAUAAUAGUGGCCGUGUGUUUUCUGAUCUCGUGGUUGCCGCUAUUUCUUCAUGUUAUUAUAUGUAACUUCACUGGGUCUAUUUGCUAUUUGUUCAGAAACGAGGGCACAGACCCCCUGCGCAUUCUGGCGCGUCUCAAUGCAGUCAUCACACCAUUACUGUACAUCAGAGGCUGUACUGCACUCAGGAGCACCAUCAUGAUUCAAGUCUGGAGAAUAGCGUGCUACAAGAGGAAAGGAUAAAUCUGAGCACACUAAACAAGUUUCUCAUAGAAAAUCUGAAAAUAGAAAUGUAGA